AUGAAUCUUCAAGCAGGGCUCUACGUCACAGUGCUAGCCCUCCUAGCUCUCCCAGGCCUAGUAUCCGGAUAUUUCAUUGCCAGCGCCAUCCCAGUCAUAUCAAGCCCCAUACCCUCAGCAGCUUCACCCCUCGCAUCUCCCGCCGGCAAGGGUCACUGGGAAUUUGACCUCUACAAGGACACCAAAUGCACCCGUACCGCACGCACCUUGAAAGGAGAUGGAUCCUAUGAUUGCCGCACGGAUGUGCCUAGUGGAGGGGCGAAGGGAUACAAUGUGAAGACCCUUGAUUUUGACUGCACAGUCACGCUGUAUCAGGAUAGUGUGUGUUCGCAGAAAAAGAAGAUUACAACCCUCUUGGCGAACAAUCAGAACAUGUGUUCAUAUGUUGGAGGGUUUACGAAGAAGGUGAAAGGGUAUAAAGUGAGAUGUUCGUGA